GAGCAGCCUGGUUUGUGGCAGUGUCCUCGGUACGGUACGACUCAGAGGAACGGUUUCACCCCGCUGCGGCUUCGACCACCAAGCGCUCUCGACAUGCCCGGGAAGUGACCGUCGACGCCGGUGGCAGCGCCCGGACGUGGACCGUGGAUGAGCGGGGAGGCUCCGCGCCGCGCCGACAGUCUUUGGCCUGAUGGAGCUGUGGACUCCUCUCCUGCUGUACACCAGGGAGCUUGAUCGAUGCCUGAUACCUAGCAAACAACCAUAAAGGGUGGGAAACUCAAAUACCCUCAGACUCCUUUUUCCCGAACCCCUCUCCCUGAAUUACCCCUGUGGUGACGCUGUCCUGCCUGUCCUGCCCUCUUUGUGACCUACGGCAUGCUGGGAAAGCUGAAGGAGAACCUGCUGGUGGCCUGCCUGGUCAUCAGUUCGGUCACAGUCUUUUACCUCGGUCGUCAUGCCAUGGAGUGCCACCAUCGCUUCGAAGAGCGCAGCCAACCUGGCGGGGUCCUGCCUUUGUCGGCGCUCGGGGGCAGCAUGCGGACCACCUUACGGACCAGCCAGAAUCUCAGCGCGCCUUUUGUUUACAACAAAGACAUGCCGCUCAUCUUCAUCGGCGGCGUGCCUCGGAGCGGGACCACACUGAUGCGAGCAAUGCUGGACGCUCACCCAGAUGUGCGUUGUGGUGAAGAAACCCGUGUCAUCCCACGCAUCCUGGCUAUGAAGCAAAUGUGGAGCCGAUCAGGCCGGGAGAAAAUGCGUCUGGACGAGGCCGGUGUGACGGAUGAGGUGCUGGAUGCGGUCAUGCAGGCCUUCCUGCUGGAGAUCAUCGUCAAACACGGCGAGCCCGCCAGCGUCCUCUGCAACAAGGACCCUUUUGCUUUAAAGUCUCUGUCUUACCUGGCCAAGAUUUUUCCUCGUGCCAAGUUUUUGCUCAUGAUUCGCGAUGGGUGAGCAUCUGUCCACUCUAUGAUCUCAAGGAAAGUGACCAUUGCAGGCUUUGACCUGAACAGCUACAGGGACUGCCUGACCAAAUGGAAUCGGGCCAUCGAGACCAUGUACACUCAGUGCCUGGAUGCAGCAGACAAAUGCCUCCCUGUGCACUAUGAACAGUUGGUUCUCCAUCCUGAAAAAUGGAUGUGGACAUUGCUAAAAUUCCUUGACAUUCCUUGGAAUGAUGCUGUCCUCCACCACGAGGACCUCAUUGGGAAAGCUGCUGGAGUCUCCCUUUCCAAGGUGGAGAGGUCCACAGACCAGGUCAUCAAGCCCGUCAACGUGGAGGCCUUAUCCAAAUGGGUUGGAAAGAUCCCCGACGUGGUGAGGGACAUGGCCGUCAUCGCCCCCAUGCUCUCCAGGCUGGGUUACGACCCGCACGCCAACCCCCCCAACUACAGCCAGCCCGACCCCAAGGUUCUGGACAACACCAGGAGGAUCCAGAAGUCUGCAGAGAAGUCCAACCCCAAUUAGGACCAGAGGCAGUGCCGGCGCCGCCGUACGGAGGACGGAGCGCAGCAGAGGAUUCUGGGUCUUUGGAGGCUGGAUUGGCCCUCACCCUCCUUCCUGCUCAUCGCCUUUAGGAGAGCUGUCAGCCUUCAAUGUCAUACCUUACAGAGAACACGCCUCUCAGCACCACUGAAUGUCUGCCGAUCAUCACAUUCGUGUCUCAUUGCACCCAUUGAUUCGUAGGAACGACUUUUUAGAGAAAAACGGAUUCUUGUAAGAAACAGCAGAACCUGAGAUCAGCCCAAGUAUUUAUGAAUGAGAACUUAGCCUUUGAAGAGAUGCAAUACCUAUUUUUUUUUCAUGCCUUUUGUAUUGUGCAAUGUCAUGGGUACUGAUGAGUUUGAUGUAACAGCAGUGAUAAACGAAGCUUUUAAAAAAAAAAAAAAAAAAA